GGUCACAUCAACUAGCAUUUUUUAUUUGUAAAGAAUUUCAUAUGCGCAGAACGACAAGUGCCCCUUUAUUACUCAACUCAACGCAUAAUGUUUCUCCCGUAUUUCUCGAUUGUGUGUGUGAUAAUUGCUACAACAAUUUAUUUAUAUUACAAAUGGGCAUUUUCAUACUGGAAAAAGAAGUGUGUGCCAUUUGUAGAACCGAAGAUACCAUUUGGAAAUGUUCAAAAUGUUAUUACUUCGCAACAAAUGUACGUUGGUAUUCACCUGAAACAUGGGUACGAUAUAUUCAAGGAUCAAGGGCAAGUGCACGGUGGAUCUUACUUAAUAUGUUCUCCGCGCUACAUUCCGGUCGACUUGAAAAUAAUUAAAUCUAUUUUACAACAGGACUUCAAUUACUUCACAGAUCGAGGUUUCUACUACAAUGAAAAAGAUGAUCCUCUCAGUGCCAAUCUAUUCUCUCUUGGUGGUGAAAGAUGGAGAAGUUUACGUUCAAAACUGUCACCCGCAUUUUCUAGUGCAAAGUUAAAAAUAAUGUUUGAUCCGUUGCUGGUGUGUGCAGAUAGACUUAAUGAUGCAAUUGUGAACUUAGAAAGCAAGGGGGGAAUAAUAGAUGCAAGCACUUUAUCAAUUAAUUACAGCAUCAGCGUUAUUGCAUUAUGCGCGUUUGGAGUGGAUUGUGAUUGUUUCAAAUACCCUAAUUCGGAGUUUGUCCAAUUUGGGCGAAGAACGUUCGAUUAUUCAUCCUGGUUACGUAGAUUUAAAAUGACUUUUGCGUUUGCAAUGCCUAACCUAGCUUUGUUAUUAGGUGUUAAAGUCUUUGGCAGAGAUUACACUAAUUUCUUCACAGAAAUUGUGGAGAAAACUAUUUCAUUUCGCGAAACGACGAAAACAACUCGGAAGGAUCUAAUACAAUUACUCAUAGACUUAAAAAAUGACGUUGGAGGCGACCUCAGUGAAGAAGAACGCACACAUUGGCAAAAGGGCGCAACGCUGGAAGAAUUGGCCGCACAGGUGUUUAUAUUCUUUGCGGCAGGUUUCGAAACAAGCUCCACGACGUUUUCUUUUUGUUUGUACGAGUUAGCCCAAAAUUUAGAAAUCCAAAGUCGAUUGCGCGAAGAAAUUGAGGAGGUCCUGAUCGAGUCUCGGGGAAGCAUCACAUAUGAAGCAAUUUCAAACAUGAAAUACGCAAAUCAAGUCAUAGAGGAAACGUUACGAAAAUACCCACCGGUGUCAUUUAUUGGUAGAAAAUGCGAAAGACCAUACAGGAUACCAGGUACCGACGUUGUACUAGACCAAGGGACCUACAUCGACAUUUCUAUAUUGGGAAUUCACCACGAUAGAGAAUAUUAUCCCGAUCCAGAAAAGUUUGACCCCGAAAGAUUUUCGGACGAAGGAAAAAAACUGAGAAAUUUGACGGCGUAUCUACCGUUUGGGGUGGGACCUAGAAUUUGCAUUGGUCAACGUUUUGCCAUGAUGCAGUUGAAGGUCGGAUUAAUAGCGAUUUUACAGCAUUACGAAAUUUUCUUAAACGCAAGAACCAAAAUUCCUAUGGAGUAUGAGCCUUACAGCUUUACCUUGACGCCGAAAGAAAACAUUAUAUUGAAUAUUCGAAGAAAAGAGACAUAAGAUAAAUAAUGAUGUUGGAACAUUUACACAACAUCAGGCGGCUAAGUUAUACGAAACAAAUUGAUCGUAUUACUUUUCGGCAUUGAUCGUUUUUGAUAUUAAAGAGGUGUCGUCUCCACACCAACUGCA